AUGUUGGCCACGGGAGCAGCGGUGACCUCGGCUCUGGCGCAGGUCGACCGGGAGAAGAUUUACCAGUGGAUAAAUGAGCUGUCGAGUCCAGAGACCAGAGAGAAUGCUUUACUGGAGCUGAGCAAGAAGCGGGAAUCUGUGCCUGACCUGGCCCCUAUGCUUUGGCACUCGUGUGGCACCAUCGCUGCCCUUCUGCAGGAAAUAGUGAAUAUUUAUCCUUCCAUAAACCCCGCCACUCUGACGGCUCAUCAGUCCAACAGAGUCUGCAACGCUCUAGCUCUGCUGCAGUGUGUCGCCUCUCAUCCAGAAACCAGAACUGCUUUUUUGGCCGCUCACAUACCUCUGUUCCUCUACCCGUUCCUUCACACAGUCAGUAAAACUCGGCCUUUCGAAUACCUCAGACUCACCAGCCUGGGAGUCAUCGGGGCCCUUGUGAAAACAGAUGAACAAGAAGUGAUCAACUUCCUGUUAACCACGGAGAUUAUUCCAUUGUGCCUGCGAAUCAUGGAAGCAGGCAGCGAGCUCUCGAAAACAGUCGCCACUUUUAUCCUUCAGAAGAUCCUCCUGGACGACACGGGGCUGGCCUACAUCUGUCAGACCUACGAGCGCUUCUCACACGUGGCCAUGAUUCUGGGUAAAAUGGUUCUUCAGCUCUCGAAGGAACCGUCGGCUCGACUGCUCAAACACGUUGUACGCUGUUACUUAAGACUUUCAGACAACUCCAGAGCGAGAGAGGCGUUGCGACAGUGCCUCCCGGACCAGCUCAAAGACACCACGUUCGCCCAGGUGCUGAAGGACGACACCACCACUAAACGCUGGCUGGCCCAGUUAGUGAAGAACCUGCAGGAGGGCCAGGUGACGGACCCCCGCGGCAUCCCACUCACGCCUCAAUGA